AUGCCUAUACCUACAAGCGAUGGUGUUGAUAAAUAUAAGAUAGGAAAAGUAUAUCAAGUUAAUGAUGACAUAACCAAAGACGACCAAAAUCAAAAGCAGGCUGACAUCGAAAGUUGUAUAGGUCAAGCAGCCUUAUAUGGUGUAUAUUUCGAUGACACGAACUAUGAUUAUCUCCAACAUUUAAAAUCGUUUGGAGAAGAGGAAGGUGCUAUAUUUAUUGAAGCUCAAUCUAAGGAUAAAGAAAAAAAAAAAAGAUCAUCAGCUUGA